AUGCCAGCACGGACUCCCCUCCGCUCCCCACGUCGCAAGUCGACGGCCCCCCGACGGUUUGGUCGCUCAGAGUUCAGCAUGGACGACGAUGACUACUCUCCGAGUAACUCCGUCACUUCUGUCAACUCACUUGCUAGUCUACUCAGAGAGAAGCUGCAGAGCAUUCCUCAAAAAAUCCGCAAGAAGCCGACAGACUACAAGCUGCGGGCCUUCGUGGGCCUCAUGUUCCUUGCCAUUGUCUUCUUCGUCGGGUUCGCAUACGUCCUCUACCAUCAGCAGGCCCUCACCAAGGCCUACUUCGAUAACGUGCAGUUCAACGAACCGAAGAGACUUAUCCGCAUUUACAAUAAGGAUGAUGUCGAAAUCCUUAGGGCUAGUUUAGCGGUCAACAUCCAAGGCAAAAUGAAAGCGUACCCGUGUUUACCUGAACACCGUCGCAAGGAUGGCUCUGAAUGUUUAGAAUGGCUGCAUACCCUUCGGUUCUACCUGAAGUCCUUGCCACAUGACCCUGGCGUCGAUAAUACCACCUGUUACUCCGUGCACUGGAAGGCGUUAAGAUCUGAUGUCUAUCCAAAUGAUUGUUUCGACUGGGGAGCAACGAAAGUACACUGGUUUGGAGGUGGACUGUCCUCCAACUUAACCUGGCCGUUGGACAGCGGCUCAUUAGAUUACACCCCUUUCAUCACAGGAGACAUGCAAAAGAAUCAAUGGGGAAAUGUCCUUACACGAUACUUUAUCAACUCCAAGGGAGCAGCCAUCAUUGUGGAUGACGAGACACCUCUUCAUGUCUCCGUCAAUAAAGGAGGGAAACACAUCUGCCUUAAAGCUAUGUACCACGAAUUUGCAUACCCCAAUAAACUAACAGAAUUCCCCGAAAUGAAGUACAAUAUUUGUACAUCAGAAGAUAUGGCGUCAUUACAUUCUUCGAUCCACAGUCAUCGAAGAGCUCCAUUGUGGGAUGGCCUAAAACCAGCAGAUAUGCAAACCUUAGAAUCUCUAAUAUCAGAGCCUGUUUGGCAAAUAGCUCCCAGAUUUAAAGAAGAAUUACAAGCUGAAACCAUAUCUAAAUACACAGAAGAUGUCAUCAACCUAGGAUUCCUGAAACAGGGACAUGUGCUGAUCAAUGAGCAUUGGCAGAAUGCUAUUGGUGAUUUAUCAGUGGACACGAGUCGAUUCCAAACGUUGAAUACAACUGUAGAUAAAUUGCACAGGCGGGGAUUUAAAGUAGCUUUUACCAUCCAACCGUUUAUUAGUACUGAGAGCAAAAACUUCGCAGAAUGUGUCCAAAAGAGAUUGUUGAUCAGUGAAAGAAAUAGUGACAGACGUAUACCAGCUUUAACCCGGUUCAAAUCCUUAGCAAGCGCUGGAGUAUUGGACAUCACAAACAACAGAUCAGUUCCUUGGUUUUUGGAUAAGUUACAGGCAGUUAUCGACGAGUACCACAUUGAUUCCUUCUUCUUGGACUUGGGAACAGCUUAUGAUAUGCCUCACUAUUUCCGCUGCGAGCAUCUUUUGACCAAUCCUGAUCAAUACAAGAAGAUUUUCACUAAAACCUUUGAGAAGAUGUUUAAUAUCAUUGGAGUGUCUUCAGCGGUGUCACUACCCCGACCUCCAAUCUUUGUAUCUCUUCCACCAUUUGAGUCUACAUGGGAAGCAUUGAAGCUAGUUAUACCGACUAUGUUGACGUAUGGUGUUAAUGGAUUUCCUUUCAUAAUGCCAGGGGCGGUCGGUGGAGAUAUUUACUGGCCUGGAAGUGAGCAGUUCCUUCCAUCCUCCAAAGGGAUGGUAGACAUUACGAAUAGUACGCAGGAGAAUGGAAUAGAGCUACCAGAUAAGGAGUUGUACAUGAGGUGGCUGCAAAUGGCAACGUUCCUGCCGGUGAUGAAGUUCACGCAUCUUCCGAGCAAGUAUAACGACGAGAGAGUAUUGGAAGUGGCAAAGAAUCUGACGUCGUUGCGACAGAGAAUGGUGACACCGCUACUGUUGAAGUACAAGCGUGAAGCUCUAGAGGCUGGUCUGCCACUCCUCCGGCCGCUGUGGCUGCUGGGUGCUGGAGACGCUCCACGUGCGCUGCGGGAUGAGUUCGCUAUUGGAAGUGAUAUAGUAGUCGCUCCCGUACUUGAACGUGGACAAACUACUAGGGACGUGUACCUCCCAACUGGACUAUGGCAGGAUGGUAUUGAUGGAUCUCUACGUAAAGGAAACCGAUGGAUGCACGAGUACAGAAUACCUAUAGAUAAAGUAGCAUACUUUGUUAGGAAACCUGAUGACAUGAGGGGAAAAUCAUCCAAUGUCCCCCUGUUCCUUCUCCUGCUCUGGGCCGAGAUCGCGGUGCCUCAUUGCGCUUACCCCUCCACCCCGUCUGAACAUCAGCCCUAUAGGGCCCCGUCUGUGGUGGUGUAUUGGCUCAUUGAGGCGCGCGCGGAACGCUACGCGCCGUACGCUCGGGUCUGGUUCUGGUCGGGCGGCGACCUACCCUUACUCGCUGUCCGCAGACCCGCGCUUACGGUGGCCGGAGAUCAUCUCUCGGAAUUGAACUUACCUAAUGUUCAAUUUUAUAUUAAUUAUAUUUCCACUAAAAUGUUGCUUGAGUAG